ACACACCAAGAUGAAGACAGCUACCAAUAUAUACAUUUUCAAUCUCGCAGCAGCCGAUGCUCUGGCAACAAGCACAAUGCCCUUCCAGAGUGCUGACUACUUAAUGGGGUCUUGGCCAUUUGGAGACAUGCUGUGUAAAAUAGUGGUCUCCAUUGAUUAUUACAACAUGUUUACCAGCAUCUUCACAUUGACAAUGAUGAGUGUUGAUCGAUAUAUUGCUGUGUGCCAUCCAGUGAAGGCAUUGGAUUUCCGUACACCUUUCAACGCAAAAGUAAUAAAUGUUUGCAUCUGGCUCCUUGCCUCAGUUAUUGGCAUACCUGUUAUCGUGUUGGGGGGCACUGGGACAAGGGAUGGUAUCAUCGAAUGUGAAUUGCAGUUCCCACAUCCCUACUGGUACUGGGAUACCGUACUGAAAAUCUGUGUUUUUGUCUUUGCCUUUGUUAUACCAGUUCUCAUCAUCUCUGUAUGCUACAGCUUGAUGAUUUUGCGUUUGAAGAGCGUGAGACUGCUGUCUGGUUCCAGAGAAAAAGACAGAAACUUACGUCGAAUCACACGGAUGGUCCUUAUUGUUGUAGCAGUUUUCAUCAUCUGUUGGACUCCUAUUCAUAUUUUUGUAUUGGUCAAAGCUUUGGUAAAUGUGCCUGAAACCACAGCAGUAUCUGCCUGCUACUAUUUCUCAGUGGCUCUUGGAUAUACCAACAGCAGCCUUAACCCCAUACUCUAUGCUUUUCUAGAUGAAAAUUUUAAAAGGUGCUUCAAAGAUUUUUGCUGUUCGUCAGGGUUGAAGCUGGAAUUGCAGACCAGCAGCAGAGUAAGGAAUACCACACACAAUCCUAUGUUGUAUUGCAAUAGUGUACAAGAUGCAAACCGGCAAGUAUGACUAGCAGUGGAAAUGUCAUCUUUCUCACCACAGACGAGAGAUGACUUUCAGGAUCUAGGUCUGACUCAAAUUACUUCGGCAGUUUAAUUCUUAUUUUUCUGACCAAGGCAUUGAGGCCAGUUUAGCAUUACAAUAAAUGCAAUGAUUUUGCCUGUCCAUGCUUAUCAAUAAGCGAUCAAAUGAUCAGUAUGCAUGGGAAAAUCAGUUUCACGUUCAUUUUAUCUUCAGCACAAAAUGGCAGAUGUUU